AUGGAGGAAAUUCUCUUGGAAAAGAUUUCCAAAGUCAUGAAGGACAAGAAGGAUGGAGGUCUGCUGCUAAAUAAUCCUUCUGCACUGGCAGUUCAUGAGUGCAAGUGUCUUUGGCCAGAUGUUCCACUGCAGUGUCUAAUAUCGCUGGGCACUGGUCGAUAUGAAAGUGAAGGAAAGACCAACGUCACAUAUACCAGUCUGAAAGCCAAACUCACAAAUGUCAUCAGCAGUGCAACUGACACAGAAGAAGUUCACACCAUGCUGGAUGCACUGUUACCUGCAGAUACUUACUUCAGAUUUAACCCUCUUAUGAAUGAAGACAUACCUCUAGAUGAAAGUCGUAAAGAGAAACUCAACCAGCUGCAGACAGAUGGAAUUCGGUAUUUAGAACGAAAUGAAGAAAAACUGAAAAAAGCUGCAAAAGUAUUAAUGCAAGAAAAAACAGUUUUGCAGAGACUUCAGGACUGGAUGCGGUUGAAGACUGACAUGUAUGAAGGCCUUUCGUUUCCUUCCAAAUUGUGA